AUGGAUAUACCAUUCGAGCAAAGAAAUACUAUUGACUGGAACGAUAUAGAUCUAGUGUUUGAUUUCAUUUUCGAAGACAGAAGUAUUGCUCAAAUAAUAAGCGUAAUGGAUCGCACUUAUUACGUCUUGAACCUGGAAAUUCGUUGCUUAAAUAUCAAUAACAGCCAUUGCUUGGGAAGCGUGCCACAAAUUUUAAAGUGGUUGAAUUUCCGCCAACGAUCUGUUGAAAUCGUGCUAUUAGACUACAACAGACCAAACGAUGAUGAAUUUAUUUUAAUAUUGGAAAGUUUGAAAAUAACCAGAACUCUUCAAAUGGAAAUUCAUCCAUCAUCACAUAAAAUCAAACCUUUUGAUCCAAAGUUCGAAAUGGACUACUUAUGGAUGAAAGGAGGCAGAACGAAUCCUUGGAUUUCUUUGGAUAAUAUAAUGACAUUCGAUUGCAUUCAUAUUGAUUUAGGAUGCUUCUCAUUCACAUCAUCUGAUAUGAACAAAUAUUUAAAAGCAUGGAUCAACGGAUGCAAUUACAGAAUGGAGUAUCUUUUUCUAGGUCUCAGAUUGUUAGACCACGAAAUACUGAUUCAUGGAAUAGAAGUAGAAGAAAUUGAGUCUUCGAUUACGAGAAGUUAUAAUAAGUAA